AUGGCAGGAGCCAGAAAUAACCAAACUGCCACCAGUGUGCCUCAAUCCUAUAAUGGCGUCCAAUGGGCUGAGCCAGGAGGAGGAGCAAGUUACAGAGAAUGUAGACGCAACCAUGCAGCCGCCAUGGGCUGCUACGCAACUGAUGGCUGUGGAGAGUUUCUCAAAGCCGGCAAAGAUGGAACUACGGAUGCCUUUCUUUGCGCCGUGUGCGGUUGCCACCGUAGCUUCCAUAGAAAACAGAUGCUAAACCACCCACAUUAUUCACUUUUAACGCUUCAUGAUGCGCGUAUUGGUGAUGGGUUCAGUGGAGAAAAGGAUAUGAAGAUGAAGAAGAAGGCGACGAGGACAAAGCUUAGCCCUGAACAGAAGGAUAAAAUGAAGAGAUUUGCAGAGAAGUUGGGGUGGAGGCCACAGAAGCAUGAUGAAGAAGAGGUUGAACAGUUUUGUGAUGAAGUGGGAAUCAGCCGGAAGAUCUUUAAAGUUUGGCUUUGUAACAACAAACGCCGGACGGAGGGAAGCUGUGUGGUUACUGCAGAGGAGAGUUAUCAAAAUGUAAAAGAAGAGUAA